GGCCCCACCACAGCACAAGAUAGCGUAACGAAUCCCCGUUGAGUCGUCGAGUCGCCUUCCGUUUCGAGCCUCUUUCAAAGAGUUGACACCUUCUUUCCGAUGCCGGCGCCUUCGACCGGCCGUGUCCCGGAUUAAUCAUAUCUAAAACCGCCCGGCACAAUGUGCUAACAGGGCCAGCGAAGUCAUAUCCAUAUCGCCAAGACCGACAGCUUCCCUCCGUCCUCAAUUGAACUGCGCGUGCCCGCGGCUGCGCCGCCCGCGGGCGAUGACGACAACAACAGCCAACCCGCCGCCACGCGCGCGAUCGUUAUCAAGACAAGCCAAUGGCCUCUCCGCCGGCCGCUCGAUCGCCAUCGGGCUCGCGCGUGUCCUCUCCAUGACCCUUUCGGCGGUGUCCGCCGCGCCACUGGCCGCGCGGGCCGAGGGUGGCGGCGACGCGCCCAAAGCCGAAGGCGCAAGUCUCUUGGUUCUCUAUGGGGCUGCGGCGUUUCUGGUACUCUUGGGCGGCGCAUUUGCUGGUUUAACCAUUGCCCUGAUGGGGCAGGAUGGGAUCUAUCUGCAGGUCAUGGCCGGCGACCCGAGCGAGCCGCAGCAAAAGAAUGCCAAGAGGGUUUACGACCUGCUGAAGAAGGGGAAACACUGGGUCUUGGUCACAUUGCUCCUGGCCAACGUCAUCGUGAACGAGACGCUCCCUGUGGUUCUUGACCGUACUCUCGGCGGCGGCGUUGCCGCCGUUGUGGGUUCGACCUUUCUGAUCGUGAUCUUCGGCGAGGUCCUCCCCCAGUCCAUCUGCGUCCGGCAUGGCCUACCGAUUGGCGGAUACAUGUCCAAGCCGGUCCUCGCCAUGAUGUAUCUACUUGCGCCGAUCGCCUGGCCGACAGCGAAGCUUCUAGAUUGGCUCCUUGGAGAGGACCACGGCACGGUCUACAAAAAGAGCGGGCUGAAGACUCUCGUCACCCUCCACAAGAGUCUGGGCGAAGCAUCCCAGCGUCUGAACCAAGACGAAGUCACCAUCAUCAGCGCGGUCUUGGAUCUGAAGGAAAAGCCGGUGGCGAACGUGAUGACGCCGAUGGAGGAUGUUUUCGUCAUGGCCGAGGAUACCGUCUUGGAUGAGCCGACCAUGGACAUGAUCCUCUCUGCCGGCUAUUCGCGCAUUCCCAUCCACGAAUCGGCGAAUCCGACCAACUUUGUGGGCAUGCUGCUGGUGAAAAUCCUCAUCACGUACGAUCCAGAGGACUGCAAGCUCGUUCGCGAUUUCCCGCUGGCCACGCUUCCGGAAACUCGCCCAGAGACGAGCUGCUUAGACAUUGUCAAUUUCUUCCAGGAAGGCAAGUCUCACAUGGUGCUCGUUUCGCAGUAUCCGGGAGAGGACCAUGGCGCUCUCGGCGUCGUAACGCUUGAGGAUGUGAUUGAGGAAUUGAUCGGAGAGGAAAUCAUUGAUGAGUCAGACGUGUACAUUGAUGUCCACAAGGCUAUCCGCCGGCUCAACCCAGCUCCUAAAGCCAGAGUCCAACGCCGACAUUCUGAAGACCCCGUCGGGAGAUCUCAUGAUCACGGCCUCCCGAAGUUCGACAGUGAUAGCGCCAUCCCGGACCUGCAGAAGGGAAGCCAGACGGCUGGGGCGACGAGCCGUGAUUCGCCUAUGCUGGCGACCAGUCCAAAGACUGCGACGUUAAUGAUGCGACGGAGCUCGGCCGGCGUGGAUGGCCAGCUCACGAGAACGGCUGUCCCCGUGCGGGCGAAUUUCGCAGACAUCAAGCAGCACCUCAAGCACCUUGGGCCUUCCAAUCCAGCGACGAACCCGAACAAGACCCGCUCGACCACCGUCAAAGUCAAGCCGGGUAGCGGUACACAUUCCACCCAUCAACGUGCUGCAUCGACAGCGGAGGAGCAAACCGAGAAUGCCACCCCGAACGACGAAGGCGACGAGACCACCAGCCUUCUAAAGACCCCAGGAUCCGGCAUCCAGGCGUUGCGGCAAAGCUACGGCUCCGUCAGUCCCGCCAUUACUGUGCAAUUAGCGCGGCAAAGGAACGGCCUGUCGGCUCCGCCUGCGGACACGGGUGACCUCGCCGACAAGGCAACACAGACAUCACGCACUGCCAGCGAGACAGACCAAAGCUCCGCAGAGGCAGCAGCCUCGCAGCAACCACAAUCGCGGACGAGCUCGAGCGGCGAGAGCGCCAACAACUCCAGGACCGUCAGGACCGACAACACCCUCUCCGUCAAGCGGUCGCACGUGCGCAGCGGCAGCAUCACGGAGAACGUCAUCGAGUCGCGCGGCGUGCGCAAGGUGGUGCUCGAAACAGCGAGACCAGACGACGCCGAGGAGCUGGCCGCCUCGGUCAUCCCGUCGUCUCCAGAGCAGCCGCGACUGCUGGGCAGGGCGCCAUUCGGAUUGUUCGCCAGGGACAGUAGGGACAGCAAGCACGCCGACACGAAGGACCAAGAUCCGCAACAGGCGCAGCAGGCGCAGCAGCAGUCGGGAGGAAAGGGUGUGGACACCCGGCAGCCACCCGAGACGGUUGAGGAGGAGGAGGAGCAGGAGGAGGAAACGGACCCGCAAGGCAACGAAGACGAGGAGGCCCUGCUGCCACCCGACGGCGGGGAUGACGAGGAGACUCCCGGCUCGCACGCCGAGGCUGCGGCCAAGGGCGCGUCGCAGGGAGCUCGGGCAGGCCCGUCGGGCGAGGGGAGCGGUGGAGGAGCGAAGAGGAAGAACAGACGGAAGAAGCGCAGGGGCGCCAGGUCGUAGGUGGACGCGUUGCUGGAGCUGAUCGAGCUGUUGCAUUGAGCGUUGGGCGAGCGUGUACGGCAUACGUGUAUCAUCAUUUUAGUUGGCUCAGUUUUUUUGAGGCUUCCGAGGGGCAGGGAGAAGGGGGGUUGGGCAUCAACGGGUUCACGGAGAUUGGCUUCGUUGAGGGUUGAGGGAAGGCGUCAGCGGUUGAUAGGGCAGGAAGCUCUUCAUGCUUAACAUUGUACAACAGAGUGUACAUGCUAUGGAAAGAUUAGGGAACCGUUAACAGCAGCAAUCAAGCGCAUCACACGACGCUCGGGUGGUUUCAAGUGAAGAACGUCCUGUGGGCUGUGUUCAGUACACAACAGAGGUGCGGACAGUUCUUGGUCUCCGUAAACAAUGGCUGUUUCCAGAUAGUUACCGUAAUCUAUUUUUCGUUUGCUC